AUGAGGCUGGAGGCGAGCAGGACAGGGUCUGGGGCACGCCCGGCGGGGUCCCUGCCCGGAGCUCGUGGGCAGCUGGAGGGCAUCCCCACGCCCCGGGGCACCCGCCCGGCCCCCUGCCCCAGGAAGCGCUCCCUGCAGGCCCCCGGGAGGUGCGUGCUGGCCCUGGUGCUGCUGUUUUCCAUCCAGCAAGUUACAGGAUCUCUCCUUAAGGAGACAACUCGGAAGUGGGCUCAGUACAAAGAGACAUGUCUCAGAGACUUACUCAAGGAACCUUCUGGUAUAUUUUGUAACGGGACGUUUGAUAAAUAUGUCUGCUGGCCUCAUUCCUCUCCGGGAAAUGUCUCCGUACCCUGCCCCUCCUACUUGCCUUGGUGGCGUGAAGAGAGCUCGGAAAGGGCCCACAGACGCUGCUUGGCUCAGGGGACUUGGCAGAUGCGGGAGAACUCCACGGGAAUCUGGCAGGAUGACUCUGAAUGCUCUGAAAACCACAGCUUCAAACAAAACGUGAUUCACCAUCAAGCCUGGCUGUCGACGUUGCAGCUGAUGUACACCGUGGGCUACUCCCUGUCCCUCGUCUCGCUCCUCCUGGCUCUUAGCCUCCUCCUGUGUCUUCGAAAACUCCACUGCACACGCAACUAUAUCCACAUGAACGUGUUUGCUUCGUUCAUCCUGAGAGCCCUGGCUGUGCUGGUGAAGGACGUCGUCGUCUCCAACUCUUACUCCAGGAGGCCCGACGACGAGAACGGGUGGAUAUCCUACCUGUCGGAGGUGUCCGUGUCCUGCCGCUCGGCCCAGGUCCUCCUGCACUACUUUGUGGGUGCCAACUACUCGUGGCUGCUGGUUGAAGGCCUCUACCUCCACACUCUGCUGGGGCCCACCUUGCUUUUUGAAAGGCGCCUGUGGCCCACGUACAUGCUGGUGGGUUGGGGUUACCCUGUGCUAUUUGUUGUACCCUGGUGUGUUGCCCGUGCACAGCUGGAGAACACUGGGUGCUGGGGAAUCAAUGGAAACAAGAACAUCUGGUGGAUCAUCCGGGGGCCCAUGCUGCUUUGUGUAACGGUCAAUUUCUUCAUCUUCCUGAAAAUCCUCAAGCUUCUCAUUUCUAAGCUCAAAGCUCAUCAAAUGUGCUUCAGAGAUUACAAAUACAGACUGGCAAAGUCGACGCUGGUUCUCAUUCCUUUGCUGGGUGUUCACGAGAUCCUCUUCCUCUUCAUCACUGAUGAACAAGUUCAAGGAUUCCCAAAGCUCGUGCGACUCUUCAUUCAGCUGACCCUGAGCUCUUUCCAUGGAUUGCUCGUGGCCUUCCAGUAUUGCUUUGCCAAUGGAGAGGUGAAGGCUGAGCUACGGCGACACUGGCUCCGCUACUUGCUCGCCCACCGCUCCGGCUGCAUAGCCUGGGUCCUGGAGAAGUUCAGGCUCCUGGGGAAGUAUCCCAAGAAGCUCUCUGAGGAGGGAAGCUCCGGGACGCUGCAGAGGCUGCAGUCCUCGUCUGGCAGCGGGUCUCUCCCAUACCUGUCCUCGCAGGGCCAGGGAGAGCUCGGUGCCCGGCCGUACCGAGGCCAUGCAGCCUGGCCCAGGGGCAGCAGCCUGUCUGAGAGCAGUGAAGGUGACUUCACACUGGCGAACACCAUGGAGGAGAUUCUGGAGGAGAGUGAGAUCUAG